CAGAUCUGCGUACCCUUGUAAUAAAUAGCUCGGAGUUAGUUUUUGGGGGAGGAGAAGCCAGGACGGGCGGAGGGGUGAAACUACAUUUCCCAGGGUGCGCCGCGAAGGGACAAGAAGCCACGCGUUAAAGAGCCCGCGGCGCCGAACGCCCAGCAGAGGCAGGGAGCCCCUCGACGUUGGCCAGAAUGGAGCAGCCCACGGGGGUCGAUUGGACGGUCAUCAUCCUGACAUGCCAGUACAAGGAUAGUGUCCACAUCUUCCAGAGAGAGCUGGAGGUGCGCCAGAAGCGGGAGCAGAUCCCGCCCGGGACGCUGUUACUGGCGGUGGAGGACCCUGAGACGCGCGUGGGCAGCGGAGGGGCCACCCUCAACGCCCUGCUGGUGGCUGCCGAGCACCUGAGUGCCCGGGCAGGCUUCACGGUGGUGACAGCUGACGUCCUACACUCGGCCCGGAUCCUCAUCCUGCACAUGGGCCGAGAUUUCCCUUUUGACGACUGUGGCCGGGCCUUCACCUGCCUCCCUGUGGAGAACCUCCAGGCUCCGGUGGAGGCCGUGGUCUGCAACCUGGACUCUUUGCUGGACAUCAUGAGCCAUCGGCUGGGCCCGGGCUCCCCACCAGGUGUGUGGGUUUGCAGCACCGACAUGCUGCUGUCUGUUCCUCUGAACCCAGGGAUCAGCUGGGACAACUUCCGGGGAGCCAGAGUGAUUGCCCUUCCAGGGAGCAUGGCCUAUGCCCGGAACCAUGGUGUUUACUUCACUGACUCCCAGGGCUUCGUUUUGGACAUUUACUACCAGGGCAGCGAGGCAGAGAUACAACGGUGUGCCAGGCCGGAUGGGCGAGUGCCGCUGGUCUCUGGGGUCGCCUUCUUCUCUGUGGAGACUGCUGAGCACCUCCUGGCCACCCAUGUGAGCCCACCCUUGGAUGCCUGCACCUACAUGGGCCUGGACUCUGGAGCCCGGCCUGUCCAGCUGUCUCUCUUUUUCGACAUCCUGCUCUGCAUGGCCCGGAACGUGAGCAGGGAGGACUUCCUGGUGGGGCAGCCCCCGGAGAUGGGGCAAGGUGAUUCGGACAUCGCGGGUUAUCUGCAGGCUGCCCGGACUGAGCUGUGGAGGGAACUUCGCAAUCAGCCCCUCACCAUGGCUUAUGUCCCUGACGGCAGCUACAGCUACAUGACCAGCUCGGCCAGUGAGUUCAUGUGCAGCCUUACGUGCCCAGGGGCUCCCAGGGCCCGGGUGGUGCACUCCCGGGUGGAGGAGCCGGAGCUCCUGGGCGCGGGGAGCUCUGUGGUCAGCUGCCUGCUGGAAGGCCCAGUCCAUCUGGGUGCUGGGAGUGUCCUGCAGCACUGCCACCUGCAGGGCCCCGUUCACAUCGGCCCCGGCUGCCUGGUGAGUGGCCUGGACACGGCCCAGUGCGAGGCCCUGCAUGGCUUGGAGCUGCGUGACCUCGUCCUGCAGGGACACCACGUGCGACUGCAUGGCGCCCCUGGCCGUGUCUUCACCGUUGUUGGCCGUCUGGACAGCUGGGAGAGACAGGGGACAAGAACGUAUCUCAACAUGUCCUGGAGUGAAUUCUUCCAGAAGACAGGCAUUCGAGACUGGGAUCUGUGGGAUCCAGACACUCCGCCUGCAGAGCGUUGCCUUCUUAGUGCCCGCCUCUUUCCCGUGCUCCACCCCUCGAGGGCCUUGGGGCCCCAGGACAUGCUGUGGAUGCUGGACCCCCAGGAGGAUGGGGGCAAGGCCCUAAGGGCCUGGCGGGCCUGUUGGCGUCUGUCCUGGGAGCAGCUGCAGCCGUGCCUGGACCGGGCCGCCACUCUGGCCUCCCGCCGGGACCUGUUCUUCCGCCAGGCCCUGCGUAAGGCGAGGCAUGUGCUGGAGGCCCGGCAGGACCUCAGCCUGCACCCGCUAAUCCAGGCCGCUGUCCAAGAGGGCUGUCCUGGGCCCCUGCUGGCCAUGCUGGACCAGGUUGCAGCUGGUGCGGGAGACCCUGGUGUGGCAGCCCGGGCUCUGGCCUGUGUGGCUGAUGUCCUGGGCUGCAUGGCAGAGGGCCAAGGAGGCUUACGGAGUGGGCCAGCGGCCAACCCUGGGUGGAUGCGGCCCUUCUCGUACCUGGAGUGUGGAGAUCUGGUGGGGGGUGUGCAGGCGCUGGCCCAAGAGCGGGACAAGUGGCUGAGCAGGCCAGCCUUGCUAGUGCGAGCUGCCCGCCACUACGAGGGAGCUGGGCAGAUUCUGAUCCGCCAGGCUGUGAUGUCAGCCCAGAACUUUGUCUCCACGGAGCCAGCAGAGCUGCCAGCCCCUGGGCAGUGGGUGGUGGCCGAGUGCCCGGCUCGUGUGGAUUUCUCUGGUGGCUGGAGCGACACGCCACCCCUUGCCUACGAGCUUGGUGGUGCAGUGCUGGGUUUGGCCGUGCGAGUGGAUGGCCGCCGGCCCAUCGGGGCCAGGGCACGCCGCAUCCCAGAGCCCGAGCUGUGGCUGGCAGUGGGGCCUCGGCAGGACAAGAUGGCCAUGAAGAUAGUGUGCUGGAGCCUAGAUGACCUGCAGGAUUACUGCCAGCCCCAUGCCCCAGGGGCUCUGCUGAAGGCAACCUUCAUCUGUGCGGGGAUCGUGCAUGUCGGCUCCAAGCUUUCGCUGAGAGAGCAGCUGUUGCACACCUUCGGGGGUGGCUUCGAGCUUCACACCUGGUCUGAGCUGCCCCAUGGCUCUGGUCUUGGCACAAGCAGCAUCCUGGCAGGCGCAGCCCUGGCUGCCUUGCAGAGAGCCGCAGGCCGGGUGGUAGGCACCGAGGCCCUGAUCCAUGCAGUGCUGCACCUGGAACAGGUGCUCACCACAGGAGGUGGCUGGCAAGACCAAGUGGGUGGCCUAAUGCCUGGCAUCAAGGUGGGGCGCUCCCGGGCUCAGCUGCCACUGAAGGUGGAGGUGGAAGAGAUCACUGUGCCUGAGGGCUUUGUCCAGAAGCUCAAUGACCACCUGCUCCUGGUAUACACUGGCAAGACCCGGCUGGCACGGAAUCUGCUGCAGGAUGUACUGAGGAGCUGGUAUGCCCGGCUGCCUGCCGUCGUGCAGAACGCCCACAGCCUGGUACGACACACUGAGGAAUGUGCUGAAGCCUUCCGCCAAGGGAGCCUGCCUCUGCUGGGCCAGUGCCUGACCUCAUAUUGGGAGCAGAAGAAGCUCAUGGCUCCAGGCUGUGAGCCCCUGGCUGUGCGGCGUAUGAUGGAUGUCCUGGCCCCCCACGUGCAUGGCCAGAGCCUGGCAGGGGCAGGUGGCGGGGGUUUUCUCUAUCUGUUGACCAAGGAGCCGCGGCAAAAGGAGGCUCUGGAGGCUGUUCUGGCCAAGACUGAGGGCCUCGGGAACUACAGCAUCCACCUGGUAGAAGUGGACACUCAGGGCCUGAGCCUGCAGCUGCUGGGGGGUGAGACCUCAACCUGAUGCUCCUUCCCAGACGGCUUGUCCAUCUGUAAGAGGAGAAAACCUGGAGCUACAG